AUGACUGUUGGAGCGUUCUUGGAACCGUUCGUGGUAGUGACGCUCCUGUUUGGCGGUGCCUGGUUCAACAGGAAUAAGGAGUACAACUUUUGGGAGGGCACACAAGGCUGGGGUGGCCACAAACGACGAGAUGACGUCGAAAUAAAACGAAGUUCAUCAGAAGUCUUGUCUCCCAGGAGUCCAACAUGGAGCCCGGGUUCCUCUUCGCCAACUCUCUCUGCCGAUGACGAGUCAGUCUGGUCUCUUACGUCGCGACGGCGCAAGAUUCAGUUCUUUGGAUACAAGAGGAUCGUGACAACUCCCAACACACUUGUCUUCAAAGAUCGAUUUUUGAGCCGAGUUCUCCAAAAGUUUCCGUUCUUGAUUGAAGCAUGGUAUUGGGCUCUCAUCUAUUGGGUAUACCAACUAGGUCGAGCUUUCACCGCUAUUACCAUUGUCCAAGGCACUGUCCACGUCGCUCGAAAGCAUGCUCUCCAGGUGAUCCAUCUGGAGCAACGCCUUGGAAUCUUUUGGGAAGUGUCUUUCCAGCAAUGGUUUUUGAAACACCCAUUUCUGCUGCACUGGAUCAACCGUAUAUAUUCCUUUAUCCACAUUCCUGGCACAAUCUUCUUCUUGGUGGCUCUGUUUUAUCUCACUACCAGUCGAAGACGUCAAGCGAUGACUAGAAAAGUUCGAAACGACUUUGUGUCCGCUGGCCCUGCAUUGUACGAAGCUAGACGCCGGACGAUGGCUAUGUGCAACUUGAUUGCCUUUGUUGUGUUCACUCUGUGGCCGUGCAUGCCCCCUCGACUGUUGAGCGAUCCAACCUAUAAUGGGGCCGAUGCUGCAGAGGCGAAGAGCUUUGGUUUUGUUGAUACUGUCCACAGCAGUGCUGGCGAGAGCAGUGUAUGGACAACGAACAAAUUCUGUAACCAAUAUGCCGCCAUGCCGUCUCUACAUUUCGGUUACUCGCUCCUGAUCGGGUUGACUGUCGCAACCAUCCCCAUCAAUGGAGUUCGACCCAAUUCAUGGAAACGGGCCGGCAUAACUAUUCUCGGCCUAUCGUACCCAGCAUUGAUCUUCACAGCCAUCGUGGCAACUGCGAAUCAUUUCAUAUUGGACGCCGUUGCUGGAGCAAUUGUCUGUGGCGUUGCAUGGAGCGCAAACGGGCUCUUGUUGAAUCUGUGUGUCCUCGAGGACUAUUUCUUGUGGAUUAUUCGCAUCCACAAGCCCGUCAACUACACUGAUCCGGAGACUGCUGUGGAGCCCGACUAUCAUUCUGUGCUUCUAUCGGAGGAGGUCUAA